UCUGUAAGUCCUUACAUUGAGUCAGUAGGUGAGUCAGUCAGGGGGAGUAAGUGGUGAGGAGUGGAACCAUUGUUUGGUUGUGCACCUUUCACCAUGGUUGACACCCGUACUGGGAAGAGUACUGCCCCCUCUGAGGCCGAGCAGGCCUGGAUCGCCGCCCUUUUGAGAGAGAAGAAAGAGGAGCUCCUGAAGCAGGCGAAGGCAAAGGCUAUUGAGGAGGAGCAGGCGACAAAGAAGAAAAGAUUGGAGGAGAUGCUGAGAUUUCAAAAGGUGAAGAUAAUGUUGCUAGAGAGAGAGAGGAGGAGGAAAGAAGAAGGGUUGCAGAGGACAGAGGAGGAGGAAGAAGAAGAAGAACCCCUUGAGAGAGGGCGCAGGGAGCAGAGAGGGGAAGCAAGUGGCGUGGAGGAGGAGGACAGAUGGAGGGAGAAGAACAUUAGUGAAUGGGUGGCUAACUUAUCUUUGGGAGAAGAUGAAGAGGCGGAGUUAUAUGUGCCACAGGAGGAGAGGGAGGCGUUUGCCAGGGCCCUGGAGCUGAUAGAGGAUCCCUUGGAACGCCAGGCAACAGAGGAUGAGAAAAAGCUGGAGUGGAAGUCCGGAACUAGCACCACCCCCUACAGCAAGGAGCAAGAGCAGAGAGUUGCCGCCCUUCUGCAAGAAAGGAAGGAGAGAAUGGAGAAGAGGGAGUUGAUCAAGCAAGCCAAGAUGUUGGCCCUGCUAGAAGAGCAGAAAGAGAAGAAGAGGCAGAUAAAGGAGGAGAUGGAGAAGUGGACGAAGGAACAGGAGGAGAAGAUGGCGGCUAUACAAGCGGAGGUGGAGAAAGAAGAAGAAGAAGAAGAGGUUGAAGAAGAAGUGCCAUUGGAAAGAAGAAGAGGUGAAGCUUGUACAAGUAAGGAGGAGGAGAUUGAGAAGAUGACGAAGGAAUGGGCCGCACACUUGGAGUUGGGAGAAGAUAGGGAGGCAAAGUUGGCCAUACCCCAAGAGGAGAGAGAAGCGGCAAGAAAGGACUUGGAGGCAGAGAGGGACCCUGUGAGGAGGGCAUGGAAGUGACUGGUGAUGAGAGGCAGCUUCUCAUCGCAAUUGCAGUUAGACUUGUCCUCGUCUCACGUUCAACAUGCAUACAUGCAGCUUGCGAUGGCAACAAAAACUUCCACAAAUGCAGUAUUAGUAACAAACUUGAGAUGGCGCAGUGCGCCCACACAAAAGCUCAGAGACCACCCGGAUUGCCAUCUUAGCACCGCGUCCUGUGUAAAAUAUGUGAGGGGCAUAAAGUGUUCUCCUCGGAAUUCGAUGGAACCAGGUCGGGCUAACGACCAGGUGGAAGGUGGUCGGCUAUGGUGGAUGGGUGAAAGAGGUGGUGGAGGAAGAAGUUGGAGGUUAGUGCUAUGGCGGAUGGGUGAUGGAGGUGGUGGAGGAAGAAGGUGGCAGGUGGUUGGCUAUGGUGGCUGGGUGAAGGAGGUGGUGGAGCAAGAAGGUGGAAGGUAUGGUGGAUGGGUGAUGGAGGUGGUGGAGGAAAAAGGUGGAAGGCGGUCGGCUAUGGUGGAUGGGCGAUGGAGGUGGCGGAGGAAGGAGGUGGAAGGUGGUUGGCUAUGGUGGAUGGGUGAUGGAGGUGGUGGAGGAAAAAGGUGGAAGGUGACCGGCUACGGUGGAUGGGUGAUGGAGGUGGCGGAGGAAGAAGGUGGAAGGUGGGGGCAAUUGAAGAAAGGAUUCAGGAGGCGUCCAAUCAAGUGGAAAGGUCGUAUGGAUGACAUGGCUCGUUGGGACCAGUUGGCACGCGUGCGAAAGGCACCCUUGGCAGUUGGGGAUAUUGUAUUAUUGUAUGACUCGUCCAUGGAGAAGCAGUGGUCUAGGAAACUCGACAAGAGAUGGUUAGCGGACAAGAGAGGCGAAGACCUCGACACAUGGUUGAGAUCAGUGCCAGUCUAUGUCAGGUGUAAGCUUACCUUGCCGCACGAAGCAGUGCUUGUGGCUGCUUCCUACCUAGAAGGUAGUGCAGCAAGAUCGUUGGGUGGUUUAGUGCAGCUCCAGAGGUAUGGUCAUGACUUCCGCGCUUGGGCGGUCACCCAGAAGUUGGACUUCCUGAAGAUGGUGGAGGAAAGGUGGCACGAUCCUCAGGAGGCCCAAAGGGCCACUGACGCGAUCCUGACACUACACACAAGGCAGUUUAAGUCAGUUAGGGAAGCCACCGACGCUGUGGAGCGUCUGAUCUGUGUCCCUGGAGUGCGCUAUGACCCCCAUAAUCUGCUUACCUCGUACUUGAGAUGCUUUUCUCAGCCUCUCAGGAACCAGUUGGCAAGUCAGGCCAACAUCAAUAUGCACAACUUCCCUUCGUUCAGCAAGAUGGCCCUAGACCUUGACGCUAAGAUAGGGCAUGGACAGGCACCCACUACGGAUGGGAGGAAGAAGACGCUGCCUCCUAACUGGAAGGCGAAGGGCCGCAUUAUGUUUGUCGACAACGAUGGUUCAACCAUCGAGUUAGAUGAACACUUCCAGGAAGGAGUAGGUUCAGAGGCAGGCAGCGCAGAAGCUUCAGAGGGUGGAGUAGUCGCUGUCGUUGCUCAGAAAGUGAACAGUAGGAGCCCCUACCCGCACAACGCUAUGAAUCGGAUAUUCCAAGACUACUUAGAUAAGUUUGUCAUCGUGUACCUCGAUGACAUACUUAUUUUUAGUAAGACUGUCGAGGAGCACGUGGCACAUUUGGACAAAGUCCUCAAUCUCCUGCGACAGCACAAGUUCAAGAUCAACGGUGAGAAGUGCAAUUUGGCCGCACCCGUGUCUUGUACUUGGGGUCAUGAGAUAUCCGCGAAAGGGUUGAAGCCCGAUGACGCAAAGGUGGCCAGCAUUCGUGAUUGGCCACGUCCUCAGUCUGUGACUGAGAUGAGAUCAUUCUUAGGGAUGACCGGCUACUAUCGCAACUUCGUGGAGAACUAUAGGAUAGUUGCCGCCCCUUUGACUCAUCUGACCCGCCUUGACACCCCAUGGGAGUGGACUGAGAGAUGCGAGGCUGCUUUCAGACAUCUGAAGCAUGCGUUGACGCAUUACAAAGUCUUGAAACUUCCUGAUCCUGAUAAGCCAUUUAUAGUAACUACGGAUGCUAGCCAAUAUGGCAUAGGCGUCGUACUUGCACAACAGGAGGGGAAAAAGUUGAGGCCAGUAGAGUACAUGUCCAAAAAGAUGCCCUCUCAGAAGUUGGCUAAGUCCGCCUAUGAGAAGGAACUCUAUGCGGUNACCCCAUGGGAGUGGACUGAGAGAUGCGAGGCUGCUUUCAGACAUCUGAAGCAUGCGUUGACGCAUUACAAAGUCUUGAAACUUCCUGAUCCUGAUAAGCCAUUUAUAGUAACUACGGAUGCUAGCCAAUAUGGCAUAGGCGUCGUACUUGCACAACAGGAGGGGAAAAAGUUGAGGCCACUAGAGUACAUGUCCAAAACGAUGCCCUCUCAGAAGUUGGCUAAGUUCGCCUAUGAGAAGCAACUCUAUGCGGUGUACAAGGCUCUGACCCAUUGGAGGCAUGACCUUUUUGGGAGACCAGACUUCUCGGGUGCGCUGAUCACUGAAUUUGGGCUUGAGGACACUGUUACUCAGUCUUUGGUGGAAGCCUAUCGCGAGGACCACUUUAUGUCUGAGAUCAUACGCAGACUCCCGGCGAAAGAUAAGAAGACCUCUGCCGAGUUUGAAUUGGUCAAUGGCUUGCUGUUCCUUGAGAAGGCAGGGAAUAAACGAUUGUGUGUCCCCAAUAGCGAGUCUUUGCGUAGUUUAUUUUUAGGUGAGUGUCACGAUGCCACCAGCCAUUUUGGGUACAAGAAGACCGCAGCUAAUCUGCUGCAGCGGUUCUGGUGGCCCACGAUGUUGCGAGAUGCCCAGCUGUACGUGGAGACUUGUCAGGUAUGUCAAAGAGGCAAGCCCCGUACUCAGGCUCCUCUUGGGCUCCUGAAGCCCCUUCUGAUUCCGGAACGGCCAAGUGAGAGUCUGCCCAUGGACUUCAUGGACACUCUGGUCACCAGCAAGAGUGGGAUGAGACACAUCUUUGUCAUCGUGGAUAGGUUUAGCAAGUAUGCUAGGUUAGUGGCAAUGUCGAAAACAUCAAGAACGGAGUAUGUGAUCAGAAUGCUCAAGGAGAACUGUGUCAGGGACUUUGGUUUACCGAAGUCUAUUAUUAGUGACAGGGAUGUCCGGUUUACCAGUGAGUUGUGGAAGGCCGCUGCUGCAGAGCAGGGAACUCAGUUGCAGAUGACUUCUGGGAAUCACCCAGAGGCCAACGGUCAGGCCGAGCAACUGAACCGCGCAAGUGUCUCCAUGGACUUCAUGGAUACUCUCGUGACCAGCAAGAAUGGCAAGAGGCACAUCUUUGUCAUAGUGGAUAGGUUCACUAAGUAUGCUAGACUAAUUGCCAUGCCGGAGAUUGCCAGGACUGAGCACAUGUUGUUCAUGGACAACUGGCACGCGAUGACGUGUAGAGUAGACACCCGGGGUGGUACUUCCACCCAACCAUAUUCGAAGGAGGAGGAGGAGAAGAUGGCCGCCAUUCUGAGGGAAAAACAGGAGAAGAGAGAGGCCAAGAAGAAGGCCUUGAAGGAGGAGCAGGCGGCCAAGCUGAAAAAGAUUGAGGAGGAGAUGGCCAGAGAAAAGGAGAGGUUAAAGAAAGAAGAAGAGGAAAAGUUGAAAGAGGUGGAUGAGGAAGAGGAAGGACCGCCACUGCAAAGGAGUGGGCAGCACAGUGGCAACAAAGACGAAGAGAUGGAGAAACGGAUUUCGGAGUGGGUCGCCAACUUGUCCUUGGGUGAAGAGGAAGAGGUCGCUAUGUACAUCCCCAAGGAUGAGCAAGAAGCCGCUAUGAAAAAAUGGGAAGCAGAAGAUGUGCUGACGCGGCGGGCGAUGGAGGAUGAACAGAGGAUGGCGUGGAAGCUCGCAGUGAUGAGGGAGAAGAAUAGAAGGGUGGAGGCGGCGAAUGCAGCAAUGCAAGAACUAGCGGAGGUGAGGAUUGGUUUAACAACGCAAUUGACUCCGCAAGUAGAUCUCCAAAGCCGGUGUCUAGAUAGCUGCCUAGAGACCGCUUGUGUUAGGGUCUCUCUAGACACCUCUCUCACAGGCGUGGCCGACGAGUUGAAGGAGAGGAGGCCCGCCUGGGCCAAGAUGAAGAAGGAGAAUAAAGGGCAGCUGAUCUUAUUAGAUACAGAGAUUUUUAGAGGUAGAGUAGGGGCCCUAGUAGAUUCAGGGGCCACCCGCAGCUAUAUUAGUAAGAAAGCGCUGCAGAAGUUGAAGCUGGGACUUAAAGCCCAAAAGCUAGCAGACCCUAUAGUUAGUAUCCUCGCGGACAAGCGCACUAUGGUUGUAGAGGAUUACGUAGAGGGAGUCCAGGCGUAUUUUCGCCUAGAGAAGGAUGGGAAAGUGGAAAAGGUCCUCCACUCCCUGACUCUCCUCGUAGAAGACAGCCUCCCCUUUGAUAUUGUUCUGGGAAUGGAUUGGGGAGAGGCAGCCGGGGCCACGCUCCAUUUGAAGGAGCACGAGUGUAGGCUCCCUAGUUCGUCAGGCGAGGCUAAGAUUGCCCGCCUGUUCCAUGUGUCAGGAGUAGAGAAUUCCUUGGCGCAUUGCUGCCUUAGUGCCCCCGCGUUCGCCAGAUUGGUGAAAAAGGAGAAAUUGGAGGAGCAGGUUUUUGUUGCCUAUGUUAGGCCAGUGACUGAGCCUACGGAGGACAAGCCGAUGGACCUUGCGAUUGCCAAGCUGCUGGAAGAGUUUAAGGAUUUGACUGAGCCGCCGACAGGUACGGUGCCGCGGCCCAUCCAGCACCGUAUUGAGAUAGAGCCUGGCAGUAGAACUCCUAAGGGUGCUGUGUAUAGGAUGUCCCCGGGAGAGUUAGAGGAGCUUCGCAAGCAAUUAGACGAGCUCCUCGAGAAGGGUUGGAUUAGGCCCAGUUCGUCUCCCUUUGGAGCGCCUGUUCUCUUUGUCCCUAAGAAAGAGGGAGAGCUAAGGAUGUGUAUAGACUAUAGGGGUCUAAAUGCUAUUACAGUAAAGAAUACCGAGCCACUGCCUAGGAUAGACGAUCUCUUAGAUCGAGUGCAGGGGGCGAAGUAUUUUUCCAAGAUAGAUUUGAAGUCCGGAUAUCAUCAGAUAGAGGUGCAUCCUGAUGAUCAGUAUAAGACAGCCUUCCGGACUAGAUAUGGGCACUACGAGUUCAUAGUGAUGCCCUUUGGACUAACCAAUGCGCCAACUACGUUCCAGCGCUGUAUGAACGAUUUGUUUAGGCCGUGGUUAGACAGAUUUGUUGUAGUUUACCUAGAUGACAUCCUUGUGGUUAGCCGGACCCUUGAAGAGCAUCAGGGUCAUCUCAGGCAGGUCUUGGAGAAGCUGAGGGAAGCUAACUUCAAGAUCAAUGCAAAGAAGUGCGAUUGGGCGAAGACCCAAGUUUUGUAUUUAGGCCACGUCUUAGACGGAGACGGCAUUAAGCGAGAAGAUAGCAAGAUCGCAGCGAUUAGAGAUUGGCCCACGCCACAUACGCUGACAGAGUUGUGCUUGUUCCUGGGCUUAGCUAAUUACUAUAGGAAGUUCGUGAGGAACUUCUCCACCAUCGUUGCGCCCCUUCGCAGAUUGCUGAGGAAAGAGACCAUCUGGAAGUGGGACAAGGACUGCACGUCUGCCAUGAAGAAGUUGAAGCAGGCUUUGAUAGAGUAUCCAGUCCUUAAAGUCGCCGAUCCGUCCUUGCCUUUUGUCGUCACGACCGAUGCGAGUCAAUACGGCAUAGGCGCAGUGUUACAGCAAGACGAUGGCAAUGGGUAUAGACCCGUAGAGUUCAUGUCCGCCAGAAUGCCUUCAGAGAAGGUCGCGACAUCUACCUACGAGAGGGAACUCUACGCUCUAAGGCAAGCAUUAGACCAUUGGAAGCAUUACUUGCUUGGGAGGCACUUCAAAGUCUACUCAGACCACGAGACAUUGAGAUGGUUAAAGACGCAGGCCAAGAUGACACCUAAGCUUACGAGGUGGGCCGCAGAGAUAGAUCAGUACGACUUUGAGCUCAAGCCUGUCAAAGGGAAGUACAACGUAGUCGCGGACGCUCUGAGUCGGAGGGCAGAUUACUUUGGGGUGAUAGUGCAUUAUCUCGAUAUAGGGAAGGACCUACAACAGAAGGUUAGAGAGGCCUACGCGCAGGACCCUAUCUAUAGUGACCUCCUUAAGAAGGUCAAAGAGGCCCCCAGAGACUGAGUCGAACUACCGCACUACUGAAGGGUUGCUAUCUAAGAAGACUGAUGUCUUCGACCGGUAGUGCAUUCCCAACAAUGAAGAGAUUCGUAGCCU